GAUUUAUUGCUACUUCAAUUACUCAUUCAUUACUAUAAUUUGAUGAUAAUUUUGUUUUUCAGGUGUACAAUUCAUCUCAAUGUUCAGAAGCAGCAAUAUCGUGUCGCGAAUUUUCGAGCGCCAAAUUCGGACUCCUCCUCCGGCCACCUCUCUCUGAAUCAUGAGGUGGCGUGGUUACAGGUUCAUUCUGCUCGUCAAUUUUAUGAGAAUUUAGUCCCCAGUCACACCAUUUAUGAUGUUGAGUCCCCGGACCAUUCGUUCCGCAAAUUCACUGAUGAUGGUCACUACCUCAUUACUUUUAGUAGAAAUCACCAGGAGCUUGUUGUUUAUAGGCCGAAAUGGCUUUCCUAUUCUUGUAAAGGUGAAGAUUGUUGUCUUCCCGAUAGAUCAAAGAGGUUUGAUAGCUUCUUUACGCAACUUUACGUUGUUUCGCUUGCUUCCGCUAAUGAGGUUAUAUGUAAAGAUUUCUUUCUUUAUGUGGAGAGUUUACGAUUCGGUCUUUUUGCUACUUCUACUGCUCAAUUUCAUGAAACGCCUGCCGUUGGAGGCGCUAUACCGGGAGUCCCGUCCAUUGAAAAGAUCACUUUUCAUCUUUUGAGAUUGGAAGAUGGGGUAAUUCUGGAUGAGAAGGCUUUUCAGAAUGAUUUUAUUAACCUUGCCCACAACAUGGGUGUCUUCUUGUAUGAUGAUUUACUGGCAGUCGUGUCACUUCGUUACCAAACUAUACACAUUCUCCAAAUUAGAGAAUCCGGUAAUCUUGUCAAUGUGCGUGCUAUUGGUGCAUUUUGCCGUGAAGAUGAUGAGCUUUUUCUCAAUUCCAGUGCUCAGUACAUGGCAACCCUUGACAAAAGUAAAAUGCAUCAACCAUCUCAGAAUCAUCUUGAAAAUAGUGUGCAUGAUACCCAACCAGGUUCAGACAAUUCUUUCCUGAGUGGCAUCAAGCAACGGUUGCUUUCUUUCAUUUUCAGAGGGAUAUGGAAUGAAGACAAAAAUAAAGACGUGAGAGUCCAAUGCUUGAAGAAGAAGUUCUAUUUCCAUUUUCAAGAUUAUGUUGACUUGAUUAUUUGGAAGGUACAAUUCUUGGAUCGGCAUCACCUGCUUAUCAAGUUUGGUAGUGUAGAUGGAGGGGUAUCAAGAAGUGCGGAUCACCAACCCUCAUUCUUUACUGUAUAUAACAUGGAUACAACUGAAGUUGUCGCUUUUUACCAGAAUUCAGAAGAUGAGCUUUAUCUCUUGUUUGAGCAGUUUUCUAACCAUUUCUAUGCAACAUCAAGAAAUUCAUUGUACAUGAAUUUCAUAUCUUCCCAUUCAAACAAUAUUCACGCUUUUGAGCAACUACGGUCCAUCAAGAUUAAAGCUAGCAAUUAUUCAUCGUUUGUGAAGAAGAUGUUGGCUUCUUUGCCUUUUAAUUGUCAAUCAUUGUGUCCUUCUCCCUAUUUCGACCAAUCUCUAUUCCGGUUUGAUGACAAGCUUAUAUCCGCAACUGACCGACAUAGACCUUCGACAGACCAUCCCAUCAAAUUCAUUUCUAGACGACAACCAUAUACACUCAAAUUCAAGAUCAAACCAGGUCCUGAAGCCGGAAGUAUCGAUGGUCGAAGUAGAAAGGUUUCGUCGUUUCUUUUUCAUCCUUUUUUGCCCAUAGCUCUCUCCAUUCAACAGACGUUGUUCUUGCAGCCUUCAGUCAAUAUCCACUUUAGAGGAUGAAGUUUGCAUUCUGGACAUUGAGAUGAUCGCAAGUCUGUUUCUUUAGUUCUCUCUCAGAAACCUUAGGUAUGUAUGAGGGAAUUUAUAUAUCAAAGAUGUCGAAAACAAUGUAAUUAAUGUGUACUAGAGCAUAGUGUGGCAUAACCAAAUCUUUUCCCACUUCCAAAUGUAUUACUUUUUCUUCUAAGUGAAGAAAUUUAUGACAGGAAAAAGCUUGUAUUUGUCUUUGAUAUUGUUCCGGUUAUGUUAAAAAUCACGGAAUAUUAAUUAAAUGAUAUCUGACUGUGACCUUCCUAUGAA